AACCCCCAACCCGCUUCUAUCCUCCGCUCCUUGCACACAGGCAGCGGCGCGCCGCGCCGGGGCGUCGCCGCACGCGUGCAAGAUGAACCUAGGACGCACCACGGUCCAGAUUCACAGGAUGCAGCAGCCUAUAAGAACACCCCGCGCCCCCGCCGUCGCUCGGUUAGUUGCGAGCGCCCACCGAAAGAACUGCGAGGAAGCAAGAAGUAGCGGCGGGCCUCCUCGCCGCAUUCCACCAAAUUUCCCUGAAGUUAGGUCUCCAUCGGAGUCGAUUAGAACCUUGAAUCGGAACAGUUUUCUUGAGCCUGCGAGUUCUUGCCUUUCCUCACCAGUUUGGUCGCUUCCCAGUUCCUGGAAGAGGCCCAAGCGAAGCCUGAAGUUUCCACCGUGAUUAGCAGCUAAUCAGCGUCUUUCGCUAGUUAUCUGAAUUCUGAAGAAGCGGAUUGAGCAAACAAAACUGCUUUCGAGUCCUCAGGUUCUUGCUUUUCCUGACCAAUUCGAUCGCCUGCCAUUUUCCACAAGAAGCCUCGAAGCCUUCAGAAAUGGGAAAGAAGUGCAGCACCUGCGGCAAGACCUACAAAACCAAACGUGCUUUUAAUGGCCACAAGAUGAAAUGCAAGUCCCCCAAGAAUCCUGAGCAAAAUGCCGCAGGACAGGAAGAGGCUUCAAGCAGUGUUGGUGAUAGGAAAGAUCUGCUUAAUUUUCAUAUAGAAAGGCGGCCACGGAGCAGCCGGGGUGCAGCGAAGGAGAUGGAUGGUGGAAAUGAAGUCUUUCCGUCAGAAGAGGAGAUAGAUGCUGCAGAGGGGCUUAGUCUUCUCCAGUACCCACGUGGCAAGGAUACAUCUUUUGAUAAUGAACCGGAAAUUGAUUAUUCAGGGGUUGAAUCAGCUGCUGAUAAUUCUGAUGCGGUGCAAGAGGACAACCCGACGCAGAAGUUGUAUCUUCUGUUGAUUUUGGGUAAACUCAUUAAGAUAAUAUCUGAUAGAAACUCAGCUUCUGUGGAUCUCUGUGGAGGUGCUGAAAAAUAUGGAAAUGAAGCCCUUUCGUUAGAAGAGACGGAAUUGAUUCACAAUGAUGAUGGUCAAAGGCUGGUUGAUUGUCCUGAAAAUUCUGUUGUGGUUGAGCCAAAACGGCCCAAGCUUGAUCUCAAGGUUUCUGACAGCAGUGACAGCCCAGCUUCUGAUGGUGCUCAAGGUGGCAACAAUGAUGCGUCGGGGUCUGGCACGCCGAAGCUGAAACAGACAUCUCUGACGGAGCCAAUGGCCACAGAGGCGGAUCGGGAACAAGAACAGAAGUCAGAUGUCUUAGAGGCUCCCCUGCCUCUCGAUACAACCUCUGUUGACCAAUCAGGAACUGACAAUCCAGGUGACGAAUCAGCUGCUGAUACUUCAGAUGAGGUGCGGGAUUCCAUGGUGCUGCUGCAGGUCGCACAAGGUCUCCUGGAUCUAAGAAACUGCACAGAUCGAUGAGGUCCCCUUUGCAGUGAAAGAGGAUGUACAGCCGAGUGCUUCUGAUCUAAAAUCAUUAGGUACCCGUUAACUGAAAGUGCACUGCCCUGACCCCUGAGGGUGAAGUCUGAAUCGCAACCAUGAUAGACGGUUCAGUGUGAGUCUAUACCGGAUAUCGUGACUGACUCGAUGAGAUUUCUUGACUCGCUGGUUCCAUCACCCUGAAACCAAAACUCAUUUUUUGUGUGUCUACUGGUAGAUAGGUACAGGUUACUAUACUGAUGAUACUUUUGCGUAAUGGCGAAGUCAUUGCGUGCUUGCUUCCAUGGUGAAGCAGUUUGUCCAGUUACAUGCAAUGGAUCAUUUCUAGUUCUGCUUUA